UUUGGGUGCUUCAAAUAAUGCCACGUAUAUUCCUUCUAAAGCGAUAUCCUCUUUUGAGGAAAAUUGAUUGGUUCGAACAAAUUUUAAUAACAGAAGUUCAAAGUGAAAGACGCAGUUCUUUAGAUUCUUUAGGAGAGGCAUCAAACACCUCUUGUACUUGUUCAGAAUACGAAGAUGAUCGUGUAUUUUCAACUGGAGCUCCUCCUCCAUUGAUUCCAGAUAACAAGAUUAAACAUGCGCAAAUUUUGUCAAAAAGAUUCGAAUACAAUGAACCAUUUUAUAGCUGCGCAGAAUGCGGCAAAAAAUUUUAUCGUUGGACAAGUUUAACGACCCACAUGUUAAUUCACACUGAUGAAAAACCAUUCCAGUGUACUUAUUGUGGAAAAAAAUUUCUUCGUAAAUCUGACCUCAAAAAACAUGAAAUGAUGCAUACUGGAGUAAAACCUCAUCAAUGUACCAUUUGUGGGAAACAUUUCAGUCAGUCUUCAAACAUGCUGACUCAUAUGCGACGGCAUACUGGAGUUAAACCGUUUUCUUGUCAAAAAUGUCGAAGAGCAUUUUAUAGAAAAGUUGACUUACGAAGACAUGUCUCAAGACACAUAGAAGAUUAAUACAAUAUGCUUGAUUAUUGUUUUCUUCAGAGUUUAUAAUAAUAAUUAAUAAUUAAUCUUAUAAGUUUAAUAUAGCUAUAAUUAGAAAUGUAUUUUUAUAAUCAUAGUUUUAUAUUUAAAAGUUUUUAAACAAGUGUAAAUCUAAAAACAAGUU